UAUAGGCAGACCCACGUAGACCUGUUACUUGUUAGAAACUGUCCAGUGAUGGAGAGCACGAACGCAACCACACAUCUCUAUACGUGCGUUCAUGUCGCCACUCUUGAUCUUGAUACUGACAGCUGCUGGCUAGCGUCUCAAGCUAGUUCCUUGUUGUCAUCAAACUAAUCGAAUCGCCCUCAGUUGAUUAGUUUCGCUCCAAAUCCUAAUAGCCUCUUCUCCUUCCUUGAGUCUUACUUAGGCUCUUGGCCAGUUCAACUCGCGACCAUGGCGCGAAACACCGUGUUCCGAUUCCAAGUGACCAACGCCGGCGAGGAGGAGGAGCCCGAGGAGAGGCAGAUCGCCGUCGACCCUUUCUCGCUCCGGCAGUUCUCCCGCCUCGACAUCGACGGGCCACUGCCCAUCCCUUCCGUCUCCGUCGACCACCACCACCACCACGCGCCGCACGCGCGCCCGGGCCCGGCUCUGGUACUCGCCGGCGCCAGCGCCAGCGUGCCGACGUCGCCGCGGCGGGUGUCUGCCUGGGACGCGCCUCCCACCAGGUGGGACGCGCACCUGGCGGUCGUGGCGGCCGCGCCUGCUGCGCGCGUCGCGUCGUCGGACGUGAUGGCGCCGCCCAGGACGGCGAUCUCGAGGAGCAGGUCCUGCGCCGGCGCCGCGGAGGCGGAGCUGGACGACGACGAGUUCGAUGUGAUCCUGUCGUCCUCGGAGCGGAAGGCGAGCGCGCCGCAGCGGUGGGGCAGCGACGUGCCUCUCAUCGGUGCGGGCGACGGCGCCGAGGACUCGACGGGCUACGCCGCCGCGGACGCGCGCGGCAAGAGCGGCCGCCGCAAGUGGAAACGCGGCGGCGGGGCGGCGCCGUUCACGUGCUGCCUCUACCUCCCAGGGCUCGGCACCAGGAGGACGGCCAAGCCUUCACCACCCACCGCCGCGGCGCGCGCAUCGUCGUUGCCGUCGUCACCGGCAACGUUCCGUGGCGGCGGCGGCGGCGGCGGCGUGGAGUCCGACCCAGGCACGGCGCGGGCGAGCACCAUGUCGCUGGCCAUGUCGCUCGAGCGGUUCGACUGCGGCUCGUGCUCAACGUCGUCCCGCUCCGGCCUCGCCCUCGACGGCGAGGCCGGCUCGUCGUACUUCGACCUGCCGCUGGAGCUCAUCCUGGGAUGCGACGGCGACGACGAGGCAGACCUGCCGGUGCACGCCGCGUUCAUGUUCGACAGCGACGGCAUAAGAAAGAGCGUGCUCAAGAAGGGCGUGCGCCGCGCGGCGGCGGCGGCGGCGCGGCCGUCGGUGGGGAAGAUGUCGACGGACGGGCCAGACCGCAUCUCGGGGCGCCAUGUGAGAUUCUAUGUGACGUCAGGGUCAUCGCCGACAUCGACGCCGGCCGUCGUAAGCGUCCUCGCCGGCGAGCGUUAGGAGGACUUCACCGCAUACUUGAAGUUAAUCUCAGAGCACGUCACAGGAGCGUGCUGUUACCUCAGAAAAUAUAUAUAUUCUGCAGUUAGUAAUCGGUUUACCAAGAUUAAUUAUGUUGAAUUUAUAGAUAAUUUACUGUAAUUUGUUCUCAGAUUUGCAUGUUUAUUAGUUUCACAGAAGAACUUCCGUUC